AUGAACCUAGGCUAUAAAGGGCCCCACGGGAGCGCUCACCUGCUUCCCGUAAACUGCGGGCUCUCGGAGGACUUCCAGCCGGAGGCUAUGGCAGCUGUUGCGGGGGGGGGACUGGAUCCCGGCUCGCAGCUGACCCUCCAGGGGGCCGUGCUGGGGCUACUGUUGAGCCACCCAGGGGGUGUCCCCCUGUGGGAUUUCGGGAGGCUCUUCCACCAGCACCAUGGCCGGCACCUGGAUCUGCCCCGGCACGGCUACCGCUCACUGCACCACCUGCUGGGUGACAUGAAGGAGCUGGUGGUCCUGGACGAGGAGGGCAAGGAACCGUGGGUCCGGUGCCGGCGCCCAGUCUGCGACCUGCUGCCGGAGGCCAAGCCCCCCAAGAGACGCAUCCGUCACCCCCAGAUCCACAAGGAGGCGCCACCCAAACGGCAGCAGGCAGAGGCUCCUAAAUCAGAGCCAGUGCAUUGCAAAACCCAUGACAACGGGGCAGCCCCCGAAGCCCAACCGCUGAUCGCCCAGCGGGGUCCGGCUCCGUGCGACCGGCGCCCCCUAGAGGGGCUCGUGCGUCCUACCGGGGAUGGCGACGGGCGGCGUCUCACCGGGCGUCUCUUCUCUCCUCUCCCUCCAGCUCCCAGGCUUUGGAACUCCUGCCACCACCUGGCUGCCCCCCUGGGCCACCCGCCGGCCGGAUCUGCCCCCGGGCACCAAGCCAACGCCUGGCUGCCCCGAGCUGUCUCGCUGAGCCACUUCCCCAGCUCCCGCCUUCCUGUGGCCGCCCCCCGGCAGCCGCCCCUGCUGACCUUCGCCAACCAGCCACUGGGCCUGGAUGCGUACCGGGGGGCUGCCCUGAAUAGCCCCGCGCUGGCCCCCAGCCGGCUGCCCCGUCCCGCCCGCCCGGCCAGCCCCCUGCUGGACCCCCCCGCGGUCGAGCGGGCCGAGCUGGAGCAGAAUGUGGCGAGGGUCCUGCGGGGCCACCCCGGGGGCAUCUCCCUCUUCCGCUUCCGCCAGGCCUACGGCGCCUCCUACAGUCACCCCUUCCCCCUGGACAGCUCGGCCUCGGUGAAGGAGCAGCUGGCAGCCAUGCCGGGGGCGGUCAGGGUGGAGGGCUGGGGGGUGCAGACGAUGCUCUUCCCGGUCUGCCCCCAGGAGCUCCCCAGCGAGGAGACUGGUCUCUCCCCAUCUCUGCCAGAGGCAGUCGUCGCUCCUGCCAGCCCCGAUGUGGCGCUGGCCGCCCCAGCUGUGAUCUGUCCAUCUCCUCCCAUCUCUGCCAGCUCCCCAGAGGCCACCCUGGCUCCUGCAGACCCAGAGCAGCCCCCUGUUCUUUGCAGCCCUCCUCCAGGGCACAGGAUGGCACCGGGGUCCCCAGCUGAGCUCCCCGUAUCCCCCGCUGUCUCAGCAGCCCCCUGGUCACCAGAGAUGAGAUGGGAGCAUGAAUCCAUGGGGCCCAUCACUGAAGAGACAGACAUCAUGGAGGGCAUCGCCACAGCUACACCAGCUGCUGGCACUGUGCCAUAUGACCUGGGGGCCGAGCUCUCCCUGCCGAGCUCUCCUCUGGCAUCUUCUGUAUCCCUGUCCCCUGCAGGUUCCCCCUGUGGUCCCACCCCACCGCUGAGCCUGGACCAUGUGGUUGCCACGGAUGCUGUCCUCUACGGCCUUAACUCUGCCCCCACCUCUGCAAGCUGUCCCAGCCCAGAGCCGUCCUUUUCCCCAGCUUUGCCAGGACCCAUGUCUGGUGUCCAUCCUCUGAUGGCCGUGCUCUCCCCUGAGCCAGCCUGGUCCCCCAUCCAAGACAUCCCUGGUGCCGCAGAUUUCCCCAGGGAGAGACCACCCUUCAGGCCCCUGCCUCUGGGUGAGCCCAGCUUGGCAUCCCCCUACAAACAUCGAGAGGACGGGGGGGCACCAUGGGCGGCCAUCAAGCCAGAGCCUCGUCUGCCCCGUAUCUCCCCACCCCACCCCCCACCUAUGGGGAGUAAGAGGAAGCCACCCAAGCACAAACCUGACCAGUGUGUCCUCCUGUGAGGUGGGCAUUGUGAGUUGACCAUGUCUGUGUGAAAUUGGCGUGGAGGGGUGUGUGUGAAAUUGACAUGGGUGGGGACAACACAAUAGGCUAGGUCAGGCUGGAUAGGAGGGAGAUUGUAGGACAAGCACCCACGUGUUAGAAAAGCAUCUCUCCUGCUAGGGGAGAGGGAGCCGGAUUCUGCCCCGGCUUCCGCAUCGCCAGCUGAGAGCGGAUCUGGAGCAGGCGGGGAAGGGGAAAUGGUGAGGAGAAGGGGCCCAGGGGUUGAUGUGGGGUUGGGUGGAGUCUUCAUGAUGUCAGCGGGCCAGUUUGAAUGUAGGUGGAUGGCCCAUAUCCUUGCAGCACCCCAGUGUGGGGCUGGAUUGGCUCCAGUGCCCCCUAGAGGUGGAAGGCAGCUGUCUCCAAGUGAGGCAGCCAGUUCCCUCCCAGUAGCACUGGUCUGACUGAGAGGUGGAUUCACUAGCAGAAAGUACAUAGAAACAUUUACUCCUUCCCUUAAAGCUGGGGUCUUUCUGGGAUUCAGCCAUCUGGGAUGGAUCCAGAACCCACCCUCUUUUUUAGUAGGGGCUGGGGCAGAUCUAGAACCCACCCCAGCAUGGUGGGAAAACUGGAACCUUCUCCACCAGUUGGGGGAAUCUGUUGAAUCUAGAACUCGCUCGGUUUGGGAAAGGAGGGUCUAGAACCCAUUCCACGUGGUGAGGGAGGGCUGGGAAUCUAGAACCGGCUAGAUUGUGGUGUGGGGCAUCUGGAACACACUCCAUUUGGUCAGGACAUGGUGGGAUCUAGAACCUGUCCCACUUUGAUGAAUCUAGAACCCCCUCAGUUAUGUGGAGGCCUGAGGAAUGUAGCACUGAUUCUGGUGGAGAAUCUAGAGUGUGCUCCAUUUUGUUGUGGGCUGGGGAAUCUAGAACCCCCUCCAUUCUCUGGGGAUCUAGCCCCCACCCUGUUUUGGUGGGGGCAUGCACAUGCCCAGUGUUAUGGGGGGCUGGCGGGAGAGGGUCUGUGGCCACUCCGGAGCCAUAUCAUUGCCCUGAGCAAAGAAAAAAUGUUAUUUAAAUAUUUAUUUUCGCACCCCUCUGGGGGAAU